UCGAAACCGAAAGCUAAACAAGCCUUCUUUAACACGAGAAUCUGGGCGUUUUUGGACUCUAGGUUGAUCAGAGGAGGUAGAAUACAACAUUCUGACAAACAAAAUGGCAAAAAUGUCCGCAGAAAAUGAAAUAGAGAUGAGAAUCUGUGACUACCUGAGGAGACACGGCAGGAGCACCGUACAGGACAUUUUCAAGGAAUUAAAAUUAGAGAAAUCCACCGUGAACAGGCAUCUAUACAGCCUACAGGCGUCAAAGCAGGUUUUUAAAACUGUGGAAGAUAAUAAGCGGCCAGUCUGGAAUCUGGUGGAGAGCAUGAAUGACGAACAAAAAGCCAAACCAGAGCAAAUAAAGCCCGAGAUGACAAGAGACGCAAUUGAAGAAAAACAUGUGAAGGAUCUGCUGAAAUCAGGAGGUUUAAAAGCCUCUCAUAUCGCCAGCAAACUGGGACAACAAACACAAUCAACUAACAAACUACUGUACGGUUUGAUGGAGAAAGGUGAAGUGCGCAAAUGCAGUAAAAGCCACAUGUGGACUCUGAAAAAUGACCAGGAGAGGAAUGGAAGUGGCAGUGAUCGCAAACUGACUUCAGUUUCAGGGAUGUCUCAAACUUUUGAUGUGAUCGAAGAGCUUGGUGACGGAGGCUAUGGUUUUGUUUGCAAAGUAAAACAUAAGAUUGAUGACAAGAUCUAUGCUGUGAAGAGAGUCGAGUUCAACAGUGAAGCUGAACCUGAGGUGAAGGCAUUGGCUCGACUAGAUCACCCAAACAUAGUGCGCUACUUCACAUGCUGGCCUGAUUCUGACAACUGGAUGUCAAAUCAAGAAACAAACGAAAAGUCAAACACAACAGGUUCUUCAACUGACACUGAUGAUACUAAUGAGAGAAGCGCUAGUGAUGAUGAUGUUGCUGAUGAUGAAGAUGAUGAUGAUGAUGAUGUCAGUGAUGAUGUCACGUUAGGAAUGGAAAGUCUGACUUUUACAGAAUCGACAUCUGCUGCUAAAGCCAGUGGACAGUGUGAUCCUACAAAUCACAGGACAUAUUUAUUUAUUCAGAUGGAGUUUUGUGAGGGAGGAACACUGACGUCAUGGAUAGGGGAGAGAAAUUACGGAGGAAAACAGAGAAUCCCUCUGGAAAUCCAUCGGAUAUUUUAUGAGAUCAGCAGUGGGGUGGAGUACAUCCAUUCAAACAAUCUCAUCCACAGAGACUUGAAGCCUGAUAACAUAUUGUUUAAUGACGGCAAAGUGAAGAUUGGAGAUUUUGGGUUGGUGGCGGCUCAGAAGAAUCCCAGUGGUGACCCUAUAGAGCGGUCAAAGAGGAAGGGCACACCCACAUAUAUGAGUCCUGAACAGGAAAAUCUGAGGAAUUACGAUGAAAAGACAGACAUUUUUCCCCUUGGACUGAUGUGGUUUGAAAUGCUGUGGAAAAUAUCUUCUGGGAUGGAGAGAGCAGAGAUCUGGACAAAUUUGAGAAAUCAAAAGCUUCCUGACCAGUUUUGUGAGAGAUAUACAGCUGAAAAUAAAUUCAUAGAGAAGAUGCUGUCCGUGACACCAGAGGACAGGCCGCACGCUAAAGACAUCAGACUAAAUCUGGAGACGUUUUUCUCUUUGCAUCAGAACAGCUUGAGUCAGAAAACUAUCUGACUCUUUUGUUGUCUGUUUGGUCGGAUGAUAAUGGUUUUCUGCAGAGCACUUUUAAGGAUUUUACUGGUUUAUUCAUGGUUUAAUGAACUGUUUAAUGCUGGGAUUUGCAAACUGGGCAGCAGAAUAAUAUCAGGUGGUCCAUGGAAAAGUUUGCAAAAAAAAUAAAAAUUUAAUGCAUAAAAUAAUAAAUAAGAUAUUUAAAAAAUAUAUAUAUAUUAAAUUAUCUUUAUUCAAACUUAUUAAAGUGUUCUUCAUGACUAAACAAUGACAAACAAGUAUAAAUGGGAUAAACACCAACACUGAAUUAAAUGCAUUUCAUUUACGUUUUAGGUUGGAUGUCUUUUAAAGGAGGAUGUUGAUGUAUAUUGCAUAUAAAAGACCCCUGAUGUAAUGAUGUGUAAUUAGAUGAUAAUAUAAAUCGUUCAAUUAGUAUUUGGUCAUAUUAAAUUAAAUAUAAGCAUAAUAUUCAGAUUUAUUAUAUAUAUAUUUUUUAAAUCAUGAAUUUCAAAUGUUUCAAAGGUCUAUUUUGUUUAAAUAUUUUACAAGUCUAAAAUUGAAUGUAGUUUCACAACAUUUCUGAAACGGUGUCUGAAUAUAAAUGUAUUUUCAUUCAUUUAUUCAUUUUCUUGUCAGCUCAGUCCCUUUAUUAAUCCGGGGUCGCCACAGCGGAAUGAACCGCCAACUUAUCCAGCACAUGUUUUACGCAGCGGAUGCCCUUCCAGCCGCAACCCAUCUCUGGGAAAAUAAAUGUAUUUUAUUACAUUAAUAUAAUACAUAUAAAACUUCUCCAGGGGUGGUUGGUUUGGUUUACAAUAAAUGCAAUAUUGUUUAAUGUCUGCUGCUGGGAACUUUGCUGCUCAAGUGGACCUUUUUAUUGACGAAUGUACUGUAUAUGCUGGGUGGAAUAAAGAAAGAAUGGACAUAAAAA